CCCCGUGCUUACUUCAUAAUCUCUUCUUCGUGUGAAACCCUUACCUGCUUCCUCAUCUCAGCCGACCCCUUCCCCUGUUUUCUAGCGGUCCUACAGCAGCAAGCGGCGGCGACACGAGGGAGCGGCGGCGCCUGAUCUGCAAAGGUGAAGGGCUGACGCGGUGAAACCUAGAUCUGCGACCCUUCUCCGGCGAGUCUCCGACUCUCCAGCGGCGACGACCCGAAGGUAGCGAGCAGUCCAACGUGAGCUCCCUCAGAUCUGCGAUUGGCGGCGUCGGCUUUAAAAUGAUGUUAUCCUAGAUUGCUUCUUUCUUUGUGCAUCUUACCGCUUUCAUAGAUGAGCCUUGUGACUAAUUCUCCAGCUCACUCAUCGAGUAGUGACGAUUUUGCUGCAUUUCUUGAUGUAGCUCUAGAUUCUCAUUCCUCCGACUCAUCGCCGGAGGAAAAGGCUGAGGGCGAUAAUAAUGUUGAAAGUGAGAGGAUGAAACGUCGAAAGGUGGAGGAGCUGGAAGGCUCAGAGGAACCUCAGGAGGACAUUUCGUAUGGAGUUGAAGAACAAAGUUCAGAAGUAUUAUCAAAGCAGCAACUAUGCAGUCAUCCUGGUUCAUUUGGAAAUAUGUGUAUCAUGUGUGGGCAGAGAUUGGAUGAGGAAUCUGGUGUAACAUUUGGGUACAUACAUAAGGGACUCAGACUUAAUAAUGAUGAAAUUAACCGGCUACGCAACAUAGACAUGAAGAAUUUGUUGCAGCAUAAAAAGCUUAUCCUGGUUCUUGAUCUAGAUCACACACUGUUAAAUUCUACUCAGCUUGGGCAUAUUACACCUGAAGAGGAGUAUUUAAGGAGUCAAACAGAUUCUUUAGAAGAUGUCACGAAAGGCAGCCUUUUCCUAUUGAACUCCGUACACACAAUGACGAAGUUGAGGCCAUUUGUCCAUACGUUUUUGAAAGAAGCUAGUCAAUUAUUUGAAAUGUAUAUAUACACCAUGGGGGAGCGGGCAUAUGCAUUUGAAAUGGCAAAGUUGCUGGACCCCAAGAGGGAGUAUUUUAGUGCUAAAGUUAUUUCUCGGGAUGAUGGCACUCAAAAGCAUAAAAAAGGUCUUGAUGUAGUGCUGGGUCAGGAAAGUGCUGUUCUGAUCCUUGAUGAUACUGAAAAUGCAUGGACAAAGCAUAAGGAGAAUUUGAUAUUGAUGGAGAGGUAUCAUUUUUUUGCUUCAAGUUGUCGCCAAUUUGGCUACAACUGUAAAUCUCUAUCUGAGUUGAAGAGUGACGAGAGUGAAACUGAUGGUGCACUGGCGACCAUCCUUAAAGUACUCAAGCAAGUCCACACUAUAUUCUUUAAUGAACUCUUGGAUGAUUUGGUUGACAGAGAUGUGAGGCAGGUAUUGAAGACAGUUCGGAGCAAAGUUCUUGAGGGAUGCAAGGUUGUCUUCACCCGAGUCUUUCCUACCAAAUUCCCGGCUGACAACCAUCAUCUCUGGAAGAUGGUAGAGCAGUUAGGAGGUAGUUGCUCAACCGAUCUCGAUUCAUCUGUGACACAUGUGGUCUCAACGGAUGCUGGAACAGAGAAGUCGCGUUGGGCAGUGAAAGAGCAGAAGUUUCUGGUCCAUCCACGGUGGAUUGAAGCAUCGAACUACUUCUGGAAACGACAAGUGGAAGAGAAUUUUCCUGUUGAGCAAACCAAGAAACAAUGACCACAGUUUCUCUCGUAAAUAGAGCUUGCAUUUGGGGGCUUACUUGCUGUGGUGCUGGUGUUCCCUAUAUUUUUUUAUGGAUCCUACCAUCUCAUUUUUGGAGUGUAUCCCCUAAAAUCAACCUCAAUCAAGCUCCAUGGUUUGUGUUUAGAUGUGUUGAUGCAUUGUGUUGUAAUUUUGGCUAACCAUUUUAAGUUGGGUUAUAACUAGAGGGGUGUAGUUUUUCUAGUCUGGCCUGUGAUUCUUUUGAAAAAUACCAAGUCCUAACAGCUAUGGUUCUGUGUUUUGUAAUUUGGCUCAGAACUAAGAUAUCGAAGGGUGUAAUAGAAAGUUUCAUGAACUGAUUAGAACAGUUGAAGAAAUAAAAAAGAGGCUUGGUUUUAUUUUGGUUUUUGAA